GUACCAUGCUUGACCGAGCUUUCUAGGAGGAUGAUGCGAAGGAAUAUCCAUCGCCAGCGUGGAUAAGAGGAGGAUGAAGUCGCAGAGUGCAGCACACUCAGAGAGGAUGACUAGACUCUUGGCAAAGAGUGUCGUCACGUGCUUACUGUAUUACGGUGCCAGGAACCGCCGCAGACAGAAAGCUACCUACAGCAACAACAAGCAGGAUGCUUACCAUGGCAGCCAUCUCCAGAUUCUUGAGGUUGAAUCACUUCAUUCCAUGUUCUCGCUGUCACGUUACUUUGUCCUUGUUUCAAACCACUCUUUUCCUGUCAUCGUUAGCGCCGGAAAAAGGCCGUAUCCCGAUCAGCAGCGGGGCUCUCCGUUCCCUCCCCGGCCCACCACCACUGCAGCACUCAAGGAUGGAGCAUAAAAACAUGGCUUCGCGUCCCUUGAACGCAAGGAUGUCCCAGCUAUUUCUCUUUGGACACUCUCAACAUGGUCGUCUCUGCCCUUGACUCGCGUGUGUUUAGGAAUCUGUUCGGAACCGCGGAGGUUCGCGAAAUCUUCACCGACGAUGCAUACGUUGGAUUUCUGGUUGAAGUGGAGGCCGCCCUUGCGCGUGCUGAGGCAGCCGUUGGCGUGAUCCCCGCAGAUGCUGGCACGGCGAUUACUGAUGCGUUCAAAAGCAUUUCCCUCGAUUUCGACCUUCUGGCUCGAGAGACGGAUAUCGUUGGUUACCCGGUGCUACCCCUCGUGAAACAACUGGUCAAUGGCACGCCCGGAGAAAUGUCCAAGUACAUCCAUUGGGGUGCGACCACUCAAGACAUCAUGGAUGACGCCUCUGUGCUACAAAUGAAACGCGGCCUCCAACUUGUACGCAGGGAGCUGCAGACAUUGGCUGGGACAUUGCAGGGACUCGCACAAAAGUAUCGGGAUACACCCAUGGCGGGCCGCACUCAUCUCCAACACGCUCUUCCCUGUACCUUUGGCUACAAAUGUGCCGUAUACCUCUCGAGUAUCUUGCGCCAUCAGGAGCGGCUCGAGGAGAUCGAGCGGAGAUGUCUACUCGUCCAGUUUGGUGGCGCUGCAGGGACGCUGGCGUCGCUGCAGGAUCCCGACACUGGCCUCAAAGUACGGGCUGAGUUGGCCAAAGAGCUCGGCCUGAGGGACCCUUUGAUCACAUGGCACGUUGCGCGCGAUACGAUAGCGGAAAUACUCAACUUCCUCGCACUCAUUGGAGGCACGCUUGGCAAAAUUGCACUUGACUUGAUUGUCAUGUCCUCCAACGAGUUUGACGAGGUUUCAGAGCCAUUUGUUCCGCACCGCGGCGCCUCGUCCACAAUGCCCCAGAAACGAAACCCCAUCUCAAGCGAGGUGAUCCUCGCGGCAUCAAAACUGCUGCGGUCCAACGCUAGUCUAGGACUAGAUGCAAUGGUUACUGAUUUUGAGCGCGCUUCUGGGCCUUGGCAUCUGGAAUGGGUUGCUAUCCCCGAGGCGUUCAUCACCGCCGUGGGCGCCUUGCAUCAGACUAACUUUGCAUUGGGCGGACUGGUGGUCAAGGUGGACUCUAUGAGUCGGAACCUGCAUUCCACCCGCGGGCUAAUCGUCGGGGAAGCCGUGAUGAUGGGGUUGGCGCCUGUCCUCGGUCGGCAAAAGGCCCACGAUGUGGUCUAUGAGGCCUGCAAGACAGCGAUUGAGGGGAACCGCAGCCUGUUAGAAGUUCUGCAAGAGAAUUCCGAGCUUAGCAAGACGCUUCCUGCGGAUCAGCUGGCUAGCCUGUGCGAUCCUCUGCAGUAUCUGGGGGCGAGUCAGCGGAUGGUGGACGCAGUUGUUGGCGCCCUGGGGUGAGCGCGUUAGACCAGUAGAAAUGUCAGCUAGAAUCUGGAGUUCCAAUGAAUAAUGUGUCGAAGAUCUGUGUUCCGCAGGAGCUGUGCCGCUAGACGUAUCCCGAGGAGCU